AUGCCGACUGUACAUCUGCUCGACUAUGUCGCCGGCAAUAUCCGCUCCCUUGUCAACGCCAUUGAGAAGUGUGGAUGGGAAGUGGAAUGGAUUAGAAGCCCCCAGGAUGUUGAGAAAGCGGAAAAAAUCAUCCUUCCCGGCGUUGGCCACUUCGGCCACUGCCUCAACUCCCUUUCAUGUGCUGGCUAUCUUCCCGCCAUCCAAAAGCACAUCACCGCCGGGAAACCUUUCUUCGGCAUCUGCGUGGGUCUGCAAGCGCUGUUCUCAGGCUCCGCAGAAGCACCUUCUGUGCCGGGCCUCGGCCUCAUCCCAGCGUCGUUGACCCGCUUCUCCGGAAGCAACAAAGAUGGAUCGAAGAAGUCUGUCCCCUGUAUAGGGUGGAACGAUGCAUCUACUCUCCACCACGACCGCGAUCAAGACCAUCAGGGUGAGGGGAGAAGUUUCUACGGUUUGAAUCCAGGGAGUAAGUACUAUUACGUGCAUAGCUACUUCGCUCCGUACGUAGCCGGUGAGCUUGAGGAACAAGGCUGGACCGUCGCCACCGCGACGUAUGGCGAGGAGUCGUACGUGGGCGCGAUCGGCAAGGGAAACAUUUUUGCCACACAGUUCCAUCCCGAAAAGUCGGGCGCCGCGGGAUUGAGAGUCAUCAAGGCGUUCCUCGAGGGCAAAAUGUGGUCAGAUCCCAUCCGCGCUUCAUUAUCUUGCACUGCAACCGCGAGUAACGGGAUUCCGCCCAACGACGCAGGCACAAACGGACUCACCCGGCGAAUAAUCGCCUGCCUUGACGUCCGCACAAAUGACCAAGGUGACCUCGUCGUCACAAAAGGAGACCAGUACGAUGUUCGGGAGAAGACGGCCGGGUCUCAAGUCCGUAACCUGGGUAAACCAGUCGAGAUGGCACAACGCUACUACAACCAGGGAGCCGACGAAGUCACGUUCCUCAACAUCACAUCCUUCCGGGACUGCCCCAUCACCGACCUACCGAUGCUCGAGAUCCUUCGACGAACGUCCGAGACGGUCUUCGUGCCACUCACAAUCGGCGGUGGCAUCCGAGACAUGGUCGACCCAGCCACGGGGAAGACCGUAUCAGCACUGGACGUGGCGAAGUUGUACUUCGCCUCGGGGGCAGACAAAGUCAGCAUAGGGAGCGACGCAGUCCUUGCAGCUGAAGAAUAUUAUUCCGCGGGCGGCAACCUCUCAGGCAGGACGAGUAUAGAGACCAUCUCAGCGGCGUACGGUGCUCAGGCCGUGGUCGUCAGCGUCGACCCGAAGAGGGUCUUCGUCUCGUCACAGUCCGAAACCGCCCACCAUACCAUCAAGACGGACGAACCGGACGCUCAAGGCAGGGGACACGUCUGGUACGCAUGCACGAUCCGAGGCGGUCGCGAGACCCGCGACCUCGACGUCGUGCAGCUCGUCAAGGCUGUUGAGGCAAUGGGCGCGGGCGAGAUCCUGCUCAACGCCAUCGACCGAGAUGGCUCGAAUCGCGGGUAUGACCUUGAGUUGAUCGAUAUGGUCAAGAGCGCAGUGACCAUUCCGGUAAUUGCCUCCUCCGGGGCCGGAAAUCCGGUCCAUUUCGACGAGGUGUUUAGGAAGACGAAGGUCGACGCGGCGUUGGGAGCCGGAAUGUUCCACCGCGGCGAAUACACAGUCAUGCAGGUCAAAGAACACCUCGGGCAGGCCGGGCUGUUGGUCCGCCCAUUUGAAGAGUUCGACGACGGACGGUAA